GGACACGCAAUAGCACCAAAGCUAGGAAACGAGACUGUGAAAGCAGAGCUCGGGCGCGCGGCUUGGAAGCUGUUUCACACCACCAUGGCGAGGUUUCCGGACAAGCCAACGGAAGACGAGAGCUCCGCGUUGAAGAGUUACAUACACCUGUUCCAAAGACUAUAUCCGUGUGGGGAGUGUGCAGAGCACUUUGGAGAGCUGCUGAAGAAGUUCCCUCCUCAGGUCUCCUCACGGUCGGCAGCAGCGGCUUGGGCGUGUCAUGUGCACAACCAGGUGAACAAGAGGCUUAAGAAAGAGCUGUUUGAUUGCGCCAAUAUUGGCGACUUCUAUGACUGCGGAUGUGCGGAGGAUGAAGAUGAUAAGAAAGAG